UCCCUGCCAAUUCAGCUCCGGAUGCGCCUUGGCCAGCGCUCGGCAGGCACGUCUAAGCCGGGUUCUGCCCUCCUGCAGCUCCCCCUCUUUCCUCCUCCAGCCGAUCGAAGCUUAGCUCGCUGCACCGUUUCAACAAGAUGGCGGGAUCGGUGGCGGAGAGGGACGCGGUGAAAAUAGAGGACAGACUUUUAAACAACUCCUUGGGAUCCCCAGUUCAAGCCGAAGUGUAUUUUCCACGACUGAUUGUCCCUUUCUGUGGGCACAUCAAAGGAGGAAUGAGGCCAGGCAAGAAAGUCGUGGUAAUGGGCAUCGUGGAUCUCAACCCAGAGAGUUUUGACAUCAGUCUUACAUGUGGAGAUUCAGAAGACCCUCCUGCGGAUAUAGCAAUCAAACUGAAAGCCAUAUUUUCAGAUAAACAGUUCCUCAGGAAUUCCUGCCUAUCUGGAGAAUGGGGAAAAGAACAGUCAUCUCUUCCAUAUUUCCCAUUUAUCCCUGACCAGCCCUUCAGGGUUGAAAUAUUAUGUGAACACCCUCGUUUUAGAAUAUUCGUGGAUGGACACCAGCUUUUUGAUUUUUACCAUCGCAUUGAGAAGUUAUCAGCUAUUGAUACAAUAAAGAUAAAUGGAGACCUCCAGAUUACUAAACUUGGUUGACCUAGGUUUUUCAAAUUAUCAUUAAAAAAGAAAAAAAAAAGAUAACCAAAAUUUUAGAUUCCAAAUUGGCUCGGGUUCUGUUAGACUCUGUCUGAAGAAGCAAUGAGAAUUUCGUUUGGGACACCCAGCUACCAGACAGGGAUCAUUAUUGUCUUCUCAGCAGCAAAAGACAUGUUGAUGAAUUGAACUAUUGUUUAUUUGAAUGAAGAAAGCACUUAAUGUUAAAUAGAUACUGAGCCGUCCUUCUUUUAUGGAACUAAAAAGCCUAUCCCUGCUGGAUAAUCACAUUAUAAUGGAUCUUGAAAGAGUUACUUCAUUGUCUAAACUGUAUAAGCUAUUUAUCUUCCCAAUAAGAGGGCAGGUUUGGAAAUCAACUGCUAAAUCUAUUACAACGGUGACUUUUCUUUUUGCAAAUCAUCAUCAUCAUCAUCGUCAUAAAAAAGUUAUCCCGCACUUAAGGGGAUUAAUGUAAGUGUAACACCAAUCACAAAAAUCAGGCCAAAUAUGGAAGUCAUUAUUCAAUGCCUAUAGUUGAUUUUAUUCAAACAAGUAGCAAAGGUCCCAUAGAUGUUAACGGUGCAGUGUUAGCUGGACACUAGCAGU